GGCUUUACGCCCGUACGCGAGAUAUAGCAGCCAAUAUAAAUUAAUGACCACUGUAUUAAGUAUCAGGGUGUUAAUUUCAUAUCGAUAGGGUGUGAGCGUCCCCCUUUGCACGAUGGAUGAGGUCAAGGUACCGAGGAGUUUCAAGCUUCUCGAUGAGUUAGAGCGUGGGCAGAAGGGUUCUGUUAGCGAGUGGGUUUCUUUUGGUCUUGAGCGUCCGGAUGACAUUACGCUUUCAAAUUGGUCGUGUACCAUUUUGGGUUACCCUGGAACCACGUUUGAGAACCGUAUAUAUUCUUUAGAGGUAUAUUGUGGCGAUGACUACCCUGACGUACCGCCAGUAGUCAAGUUUGUUACUAAAAUCAACCUUCCAGGUGUAGAUUCUGAGGGCAAUGUAAAUCCCGAUUGCUUUGCUGUAUUGAAGAACUGGAGGCGUAACAGCUCCAUUGAGGCGGUACUUGUAGACAUAAGGCGUCAUAUGGCUGCGAUGAACACUCGCAGGCUCCCUCAACCUGAAGAAGGUGAUUGUUAUUAACUGUUACUUUUACAGAUCACAAUAAUUCCUUGUGGCAUAGUGCCAUGCCUAGACAC